CUGUGGCGGAGCCCCGGUGACGUCACCGCGGCUGGUCGCCGCCCCUGUGGCUUCCUGCUGAGCCUCCGACACUCAACUCACGUCGUGUCGUCGCGGUGCACGCGGCCACUCCGCCUUUCCUCGCGCGAGAGACACUCGCGAGCCUCCAGACUCCAGACAUUAGACUCCAGCCUCCGGACUCCUGCCUCCGGCCAGAGACGUCGACGUUUCGGGCGGAGGAAAAGCGUGCUGAUCUCCGGAGCCACGGGCUUCAUGGGAAAGGUGCUGCUGGAGAAGCUGCUGAGGUCCUGCCCGGAGGUGGGGGCCGUCUACGUGCUGGUCCGCUCCAAAGCCGGGCAGAGCCCCAAGGCCCGCGUAGCCGACAUGGUGAACUGCAAGUUGUUUGAAAGACUGCAGGCUGAGCAGCCGGGCUUUGCGGAGAAGAUCAUCGCGGUGAACAGCGACCUGACGCAGUCGGAGCUCAAUCUGAGCAAAGGGGACCAGAGCGUCCUGGCGGAGAAGGUCCACAUCGUCUUCCACUGCGCCGCCACCAUCCGCUUCAACGAGCCCCUCAAAGACGCCAUGCAGCUGAACGUCCAGGCCACCCAGAAGAUGCUGGCCCUGGCCCACAGGAUGAAGCACCUGGAGGCCUUCGUUCACAUCUCCACGGCCUACGCCCACUGCGACCGGGAGAUCAUCGAGGAGGUGGUCUACCCCCCGCCCGUGGACUACCGCAGACUCAUCGAUACUCUGGACUGGAUGGACGACGACCUGGUGUCUGCGCUCACUCCCAAGCUUAUCGGGGAGCGGCCCAACACCUACACCUACACCAAAGCCCUGGCCGAGUACCUGGUGCUGCAGGAGGCCGGAGACCUCAACGUGGCCAUCGUCAGACCCUCCAUAGUGGGAGCCAGCUGGAAGGAGCCGUUCCCUGGCUGGAUCGACAACUUCAAUGGACCCAGUGGAAUAUUCAUCGCAGCUGGAAAGGGGAUCCUGCGCACCAUGAGGGCCUCUAACGACGCCGUGGCCGAUCUGGUGCCCGUGGACGUAGUCAUCAACGCCACGCUGGCCGCGGGCUGGUACUCCGGGUCCCAGGCCGGGAACAGGCUGAAGAACAUCCUGGUUUACAACUGCACGACCGGAGGAAUCAACCCGUUCCGCUGGGGAGAAGUCGAGUACCAUGUAAUAUCCACAUUCAAGAGGAACCCCCUUGAGCAGGCCUUCCGCCGGCCCAAUGUUAAUCUCACAUCCAAUCACCUAAUCAAUCAGUACUGGAUCGCUGUGAGCCACAAGGCUCCGGCCUUCCUCUAUGAUCUGUACCUCAGGCUGAUUGGACGAGAGCCCAGCUGCCGCCGGCCCAACGGGGCCUCAGGUGGCGACGUAGCAAAGACGGAGGCUUUGCUUUGUUCGCCCGUACGAGGAGGGAAAAAGGCCUUCCUCCUCACCUCACCCUCUCUGUCCUCCGUGUGCCGUCACUUGUGUAUAUCUCUUCCCCCCACAGAGUACUGUAUAAACAUGACCUUCAAGACCAAUCCCUUAGAGCAGGCCUUCAGAAGGCCCAAUGUCAAUCUGCGCUCCAACCCCUUUACUAAUCAGUACUGGACCACUGUCAGCCACACGCUGCCCGCCCUGCUCUAUGACGGCUGUCUCAUGCUGACGGGCCACAAGCCCCGGAUGAUGAAGAACAUCUCCCGCUUGCACAAGGCCAUGAUGGUGCUGGAAUAUUUCACCAGCCACUCCUGGAUGUGGAAGACGGACAACAUGACCAUGCUGAUGGCCCAGAUGAGCCCGGAGGAUAAGAAGCUGCACUGGGCAGAGUACAUGGAAAACUACUGCAUGGGCACCAAGAAAUACGUCCUCAACGAAGAGCUGUCGGGCCUGCCUGCUGCACGCAAACACCUCAACAAGCUGAGGAACAUCCGCUACACCUUCAACACCAUCCUGGUGGUGCUCAUCUGGCGCGUCUUCAUCGCCCGGUCCCAGAUGGCCCGGAACAUCUGGUACUUCGUGGUGAGCCUCUGCUUCAAGUUCCUGUCCUACUUCAGAGCGUCUUCCACCAUGAGAUAAUGAGGCCGGGGACACGGUGGCGUGAGUGUGGUGGUGGGGUGGUGGAAGAUGAAGAAAACGCCGGCCGUGGAUGACGAGGGGCUGCCUGUGCUCAGUGCUGGUUUUUUCUACUCGAGGAAUGAAGUGAAACGCCAUCAAUACACACAAAAAAAGAAAAAAAAAGAAACCAGCCGAGCCUGGAGUUCUGGCUCUGAAUUCAGGAGCCAAUCGUAAGAAAGCCCAUCGUUCAGGUUGUUACCGGUAGGUCCCGCCCCCCGGUGGCAGCUUCCGCCCCCAUCCGGCACACCUAUGCAUUGGAUGAUGCUGAGUCACUCCAGGCUUUGCUCCUUUAGGCUUUUCUG